AUGGUAAUGAAACGGGGCACGAUCAGAUGUCUAAUAGGAACAAGUAGGUUCAGCCGCAACUACUCACAACCUAGUGUAAAUGUAAUUGAAUCUGUUCCCAAAUUCCCUCCAAACUCCACUAUAUUUUCCUUGAUUCAACCAACAGGAAAGAUCCAUCUUGGGAAUUAUUUAGGAGCCAUACGCAAUUGGAAAGAUCUUUCUGAAUCACGGAGUCCUGGUACAAAGUAUAUUUUUGGUAUAGCAGACUUGCAUGCCAUUACUGUACCUCAAAAUCCUGGAAAGUUAAAAGAAAAUAGAUACGAAGCCAUCGCAAGUUUACUAUCAGCAGGGAUUGAUCCAGAUGCAUGUAUUUUAUAUCACCAGUCAUCCGUACCAGAGCACACAGAGUUAAAUUGGAUAUUGACAUGUAUUACCAGCAUGGGGAGCUUAAACAGAAUGACACAGUGGAAACUGAAAUCACAGCAGAUAGAGACAAGCUCGAUAUUUGAUGAAAAAGUGCUUGGGAAGACGAAAGCCGGUUUAUUAUGUUACCCAGUACUACAAGCAGCUGAUAUCCUUAUAUUCAAAUCGACGCAUGUUCCAGUAGGAGACGAUCAAUCCCAGCACUUAGAACUAUGCCGCAAUAUCGCAUCUACAUUCAAUCACACCUUUAAAACAAACUACUUCGCCCUUCCCAGCACCUUAUUGACGCCGGCAAAAAAGGUCCUCUCACUUAGAAACCCCACCAAAAAGAUGUCUAAGUCAGAUGCAGACCAGAAUUCGUGUAUCUAUGUGACAGAAUCGCCCGAUGUUAUCGCCAAAAAAAUUAAGAAAGCCACCACUGACUCUAUUCAGGGAAAGAUUUACUACGACCCUGAAAACAGACCCGGUGUGUCCAACUUGAUCAACAUUAUCUCUGGUCUCUCUAGGAAGUCUGUAACAGAUACUGUGGAAGACUUACUGUGGAUCAAAGAUCACAAACAGUUGAAGGAUCACGUCACCGAGUUUAUUGUAGAAGAAUUUUCUAAUAAGAGACAUUUAUACAAUGAACUUAUGACUGACUUCUCCUAUCUUGAUCUUAUCUGUAAAACGGGUACUACAAAAGCCAGAGAAAUCACCCAGAUCAAUAUUCAAGACAUCAAAAAACUCGUGGGUUUGGACUAG